AUGGUCGAUAGAAACCCUCACGAGAAGCACUUCGACGAAACGGUCCCGGAGCGGUUCAAGCUGCGUCAGCAUGACGUUGUGGCCCUCUCCUGGAAGCUGAUGCGCAAGGCGGAUGGAAAGGUGCAGAUCCUGCUGGACGGGGAGCCCGUGACCAUGAAAGACCAAGGCGUCGACCCGAUGCUCAUGGUUUCGAGCACUCAGGAGGAAGGGCUGCCAUACCAUCUGCGCGGCGAAGCUUCCACAAAUGUGAAGGACGCGUCUGUGGCUGGAGACUCGCUCGAGCGUGUGGCGACAUUACUAUCUUGGGAUCCGCCGUGCGGCGAGGUGCAAGGUUUUGCUGUGGAAGUCGGGCUCGCUGUGGCCCACGAGACAGUCUCCCCUCAUUAUGACGCCGUCAAGUACCCGGAACGUUGA